CUGCCUCGGGUCGCACCACGAUCGAGCAUCUCAGCGGCUGCGCUCACAUCCUCAGUCGGCAUGAGAGGAGGGACACGGCGGCUGCGGAGAACCGACUGCGCCGCGAUAAUUACGAUCAGAUUUAUACGAAUGUAAUCAGCAGCACCGGGAUCCGGGUUGUUUGUUUAAAAUUAACACGGGGCAGACAACGUGGCCGGAAAGAGAGUCUGCAAAGACGUCAGACUAUCUAGUGAACUGCCUACAUAGACAGCUUUGUGGACAUCACACCGCAUUCGUGCGCGCUCCGGGCAGCAUUCAUUCACUGUCGCUGUCCACACACACACAUGUACAGUAUGUGUGAACGUCCGGAGAAGUUGAAGAUGCCACUCUGAGUCGUCUGGGCGCUUGGUUCGACGAUAACAAGCCAUUUUCUAUGGAUCCACUGAUCGUCAUCUUCUCAAACCACAAGGCUCGUUCCUACAAGCACAUCUGAGUCCUGCAAGCAGAUCACACCGGCAGUGUUUCCAACAUGAGACUGGUGUUGAAGUACCUGGACAAGAUGAGGUGUUUCCGGAAACGUUCCACCAUUCCUUUUCUGGUGGCUCUCAUUACCUUCCUGCUCUUCAUAAACCUCUACAUCGAAGAUGGCUAUGUGCUGGAGGAAGACAAACGUCAGUUACGAGAAACCUCAAUGCAUCCACUGAACUCAGAGCGAUAUGUUCAUACCUUUAAAGAUAUCACCAAUUUUUCUGGAAUGAUCAAUGUGACUUAUCGUUACCUCGCUGGAACACCUUUACCCCGAAAGAAGUAUCUUACAAUUGGAUUGUCAUCUGUGAAAAGAAAACGUGGAAACUAUCUGCUGGAAACCAUCAAGUCCAUUUUUGACCAAUCAAGCUAUGAGGAGCUCAAAGAGAUCGUUGUGGUGGUCCACUUGGCAGACUUUGACCUGGCAUGGUGUGAGAGCCUAGUUCAGGAAAUCUCAAGGAAGUUCGGCCACCAUAUCAUUGCAGGACGGCUGCUAGUUAUCCAUGCACCUGAGGAGUACUACCCAUCACUGGAUGGGCUGAAGAGAAAUUACAAUGAUCCAGAGGAUAGAGUACGCUUCCGUUCCAAACAGAAUGUAGAUUAUGCGUUCCUGCUCAACUUCUGCACCAACCUGUCAGACUUCUACAUGAUGUUGGAGGAUGAUGUGCGCUGUUCUCGAAACUUCCUCACCGCCCUGAAGAAAGUGGUGGCAUCUAGGGAGGGAUCAUAUUGGGUGAUGCUUGAAUUCUCUAAGUUGGGCUACAUAGGGAAGAUGUAUCACUCGCGAGACCUUCCUAGACUUGCCCAUUUCCUGCUCAUGUUCUAUCAGGAGAUGCCUUGCGAUUGGCUUCUUAUCCAUUUCCGAGGCCUACUGGCCCAGAAGGAUGCGAUUCGCUUCAAGCCUUCCCUUUUCCAACACAUGGGCUACUAUUCCUCCUAUAAGGGGGCAGAAAAUAAACUUAAGGAUGAUGACUUUGAGGAAGACUCCCUUGAUAUCCCAGACAACCCACCUGCCAGUUUGUAUACAAACAUAAAUGUAUUUGAGAGCUAUGAUGCUGCCAAAGCUUACAGUAGCGUGGAUGAGUACUUUUGGGGCAAGGCUCCGUCCACCGGGGACUUUUAUGUAAUAGUGUUCAACAAGGCAACAAAAAUCAGCAAAAUCAAGAUCAUCACGGGAACGGAUGAUCGGCAGAAUGAUAUUUUGCAUCACGGAGCUCUGGAAGUGGGGGAGAAAUUAGUAGGAACCAAAAAGGGAAGGCAGUGCUCCGCCUAUAUUACUUUAGGGGAGUUUAAAAAUGGAAACAUUGAGGUUCAUGAUGUGGACCACAAGAUAGCGUUUGAUAUUGAGUGUGUUCGCAUUGUGGUAACGGCAAGUCAGAAAGAGUGGCUUAUCAUUAGAAGCAUAAGCCUCUGGACUACACAAGGUGCCAAUCAAUGAGAACUUUUUUUCAACCGUAGCUAAAGGCACAAGUAUCUGUUUAUUUAUCUAUUUAUUUAUUUCUAAAUUAUUUAUUCACCUGAGAAAUCUUUAUUUAUUCAAAUUUAUUCAUUCAUUCAGACUCAUUUAAAUGCAGUACAAGAUUUCACGCAUCUGAGGCAUUUCAGCUAAUUCUGACAUCAACUAUUCAGACAAUAAAUAUUUUUUUAUAUAUCAAGACAUUUAAGGUACAUAUUUGUAUACAGUAUGUACCCUCUUUUUCCAUUAUUACUACAUAAUGUGUACUCCUCAGCAAAAAAAAAAAAAAAAAACUAAACAAAAAAAAACUCUGAGAAGCUACACUGUUUUGACUCUCCUUUGGCCAAGGCAUACACUGCAAAAAAAAAAAAAAAAAAAAAUCAAAUAAUAAUAAUAAUUUUUUUUUUGCCCCUUAUAUUCAACCCAGACACAUUUAUAAGUAAAACUAAGUAUGUGUGUAUGUAUAUAUAUAUAUACACACAAGCACACACACACAUUUGUUUUUGUGAAAAGUGGGGUCCCAUAGGCGUAAUGGUUUUU